AUGGGUGGUGACACUCACUGGUGCUCAGGGCCCUCAGGGAGCAGGGAACAGAGGCAGAGAAGUCCAAGUCAGAACCAUGGGAGCAGCGAGCUGCAGGAGCGCCUGUGGCUGCGUGAGAAGCACAGGCAGCACGAAGAGCUGCUCAAGGCCUUGGAGACGCCUGAGGAGAAGCUGGCACGGAGACUGGCCAAGAAGCAAGCUAAGGAGCACAAGAGGCAGAAGAAGAUGGGCUGGAGCGAGGACGCCAUGGGGGGCACCUUUAUUUGGGUGAAGGCACUGGAAAAGAAGGGCAUCAGUCCCCUGGGAGGAAAAGAGCUGAAGGAACACCACAAAAGAAUCCAGGAGAACAACCGGCUGGAGCUCCAGAAGCUGAAGCAGCGGUGGUUGGACCGGGAGAGGGAGAAGGCCCUGCGGGAGCGGGAACUGGAGCUGCUGCAGCGAGAGAAGGAGGCCGAGCACUUCAAGACCUGGCAGGAGCAGGAAGGCAGCUUCCACCUGCUGCAGGCCAAGCUGCGCUCCAAGAUCCGCAUCCGAGAAGGGCGGGCUAAGCCCAUCGACCUGCUGGCCAGCUACAUCAGUGCAGAGGAAGACGACCUGGCCGUGCAGCUGCGCGAGCCCUACACCUUGCUCAGUGGCCUCACAGUGGCGGACCUGGAAGACCUGCUUUCCUGCUGGAAAGCGAAAGCGAAAGCGAAAGCGAAAGCGAAAGGGGCGGACUCGGACAAAGCGAAAGCGAAAGCGAAAGCGAAAGCGAAAGCGAAAGCGAAAGCGAAAGCGAAAGCGAAAGCGAAAGCGAAAGCGAAAGCGAAAGCGAAAGCGAAAGCGAAAGCGAAGCCUCAGAAGCUCAGGGCACACGAGCUGCCGGUGGACGCGCACGUGUUCCAGCAGCACGAGGACCUGCAGCGCCUGCAGCUGUGGCGCCAACAGCUCCAGGCCACAGACGACGGGAGAGACAGUGACAGUGUGGAAGCCGUGUUCUCGCGGUGAGCGCGAGAGGGCCUGGGGCAGGACGAGGCGCCCUUCAGCGUGGAGAUGCCACUGCACGGGCGCGCCUACCUGUGGGCGGACAAAUACCGGCCGCGCAAGCCGCGCUUCUUCAACCGCGUGCACACGGGCUUCCAUUGGAACCAGUACAACCGCACGCACUACGACGUGGACAACCCGCCGCCCAAGAUGGUGCAGGGCUACAAAUUCACCAUCUUCUACCCGGACCUCAUCUGCAAGCAUGCCACGCCAGAGUACUUCCUGGAGGCCUGUGAGGACAACC